CCAGUAGAGGGUUGUUUUGCUUACGGGCGCCAUAUUUGAAUGUUGAAUGUAUAUGAUGGCCAGUCCGGAGCAAAGGAGGAAGGGACUGGAAUCGGGGGCUGAAGUCGAGAUAACGGGAUGGGGAAAUGGUAUUGCAGGCCAUUUUUACAACCGGGAAGCCGUCUGUGGGAGCUGCUGCCUUUCUUGCAAGGACGGCUGUAUGUCGGGAAAGGUGACCUCACCAUGUAGGGGUCCGGUCACAGAGGGGUGCAGAGCAGGUCACGCGUCGGACUCGGCAGUGCCCUUGACAUCACGUCUGCUGCCCUUGGGGUGAAACAACAACAACCCUGCAUGGAUGAACUGCCGGAAAACCUGCGAAGGGGACGCCCUGCGAAGGGAUGCUAUGUCCAGCAAAAACUUGGCAGAUUGUGACACAGAAAGUGAAUGUGAUUUUUAUUCUGAUUGUUUGGAACAAAGUGUUACAUAUAACAAAGAUUUGACUGACUCUAGCACUGAAAAUUACUUCUGUUUUGAUUCAUGCAGCUUGUUUGAAAAAGAAAAAGGGGAAAAGAAAUUCCAUGGCAUAGUGCUUAUAUUGGAAAAUAGCCAGGUGGAUAGUACAAGUUUCUGCAAAGACAAUCCUUUGCUGCAAGGAGAAAAAGUAGAGUGCACUAGUAAAUUGCAAGAAGAAUUAUCACUGGAAUCUAUAUUGUUUUUCAAGUGUAAGAACUAUAAUACAAAUGGCCAGUCACUGAAAUCUUUUUCAAGCAAAAUAGUUCCAUUCAUAUACAGUAGCUCUUAUGGAGACCAUUUGUGUUUAAAUAAAGCAAUCCCUCAACUGAUCUUUACUGAAAAUUCCACUGAAGAACAAAUAAUUUAUACAGUGAAAGAAGCAUGUGCUUUUGAUAAAUUCCAUCAGAAGCAGUCAUCAGAUGGUAACCCUCUACCUUCAAAGCAACACAAAGCAGUACAAGUUCCUUCUUCAGAAAUAAAAAUAGAGGACAAUAUUUGCUAUAAAAGUUUCAAGCAAUCACCAUUAUCUACUGCGAAAAAUAAAGACCUGAAUAAAUCUAAAAACUUCCAGAGUUUUGAAAAUCAUUUAGUAAGUAGCCAUUCAGAAUACUCCUCUGAAUAUUCUUAUCAAAUUAACCAAAUUACUGAACAGAUCUGCUCACAUUCCAGCUCAGAAGAGCCUAUUUCUUUGACACUGGAAGCAACCCAUGUAUAUCCAGAUGGUUCAUUAGCAAGCAAUUCUGAACUUUCAGAUGUGAGUGAGGAUAAAGAUUUCCAGAGGCAUGCUUUAGCCUUUCAGUGUAAAGACGCUGAACAUAACCAACUGUUUAAGAAUUUGCAUCUUAUAAUAGUGCCACGAAAACAAGCCACACAUUUUAAAAAGCAGGGAGAACUUUCUCAAAUUCUAAUCUAUGAAGCCAAUUACCUUCUAGGAACUCACUCAGAUCUAUCAGAAUCUAGUUCUUCCAAUGAAUAUUCCGAUCAAGCCUUACCUCCAUCAAAUCUUUGGACCUCAUAUGCAUGUUUCCCACCCUUCAAAUAUUCACAGGCGAAUCAAUUACCUCCCUUUUUUCUUCGGUCAUUACCCCAAAAUCCAGUUAAAUCUGCUUUUCAACAAAGAAAACCAAAAGUGUCCAAACCUGUAAAAUCUGCUGUGUUUACCAAACAGAAAACAUUGCAACGAGACCAAAAAUAUAAAAGCAAUCCACAUAACUUCUCCAAAUUUCAUUCAUUUAAAACAUUAGACUUUGAACCUAUUGACAAAAAUAAAAGAGUAAAAGAACAAUAUUUGUCUUUAAAUCAGACAUCUAAAUGCCAUUGCAGCCCAUUGCUUGACUUAACUGUUGAUCUGCAUUCUGAAGACAAAAAUUCUGAAAAGUUUCUAACUCUUCACAGAAGUUCUCACAAACAAACUCGAGUUGGCAAAGUCACUCAUAGAUUUUCCUCCUGUUAUUUACGAAGUCCUAAAAACAGUCUUGAAAGACUUCACUAUAUUUCUCCAAUUAGAAAAAAAAAUCAUUUGAAGAUGCAAAACAUACUGAAUUAUUUUUUAGGCUGGACAGGCAGACAAAACAGAGUUGAAAAAUAUGAAGAGGAUAUUUCUCCCACUUCAAAUAUACGGGCAAAUGGGACUUUUAUUUCACAUAUGCCAAUUGACAGAAGGAACUCAACUGUUCCACUUCAUCCACAUUCAAAUGAUUAUUCUGUUCCAUUUCCUACAACAUUGCCUUUUGUAGAUGAGAUGAGACAUUCACAAAUUCCUUCUUUGCAAAGGGAGAGGAGUCCUAGAGCAUUGCAUAUUUUUCCAAAUGAAUGUAAGCAUUCAUCUGCUCCCUGUGUGGAAAUGGAGAGGAAUCCUUGGAGUCCUGUGGAAUCUUAUGGUAAAUGCAACACCUACUGUUCCCCAUGUUGUGCAAAUUAUAAAACACAACAGCUACCAAAUAAAUUAAAUAUGUGUAAUAAUAGAAGUAUGGAAAAACUGAAUUUUGGAACUAGUCAUAUAGCAGAUGGAGGCUUGGUCCUGAAGAAGUUUUCAGUGUGCUCCUGUGGAACUAUGCCGCAAAGUGGUUUGUUUCCUAACAACGAUAUUUCAGAGUCAGGUAGAAGGAAAACUAGACCAACCCCAGAUAGUAAUUGGAAAGCCAAUAAGACUGCCUCAAACAGAUGGAAUUCAACUGCAGGAAACUUCAACACAGAGAAAGUGUGCUGUGGUUGUCACUGUGUCUCUCCAACAUGUUCUUCGCACAAGCUAUGCAAGCACGAAGUUCCAAGAAACCAGGUUACUGAAGUAGCAUCUUUAUUUGAAAAUGGAUUUUCCAUAAGAAAUUUGAAAGAGGGUGUAGAAAAAAGUGAAACUAUGAAAAUAGGUGAAAGAAAAGUCAAAUUUCAUCUAGGUUCAGAUGCUUUACAAGAGACUGACCUUUUAACCACACACAUUUCAUCACCAACUAAUGAAUGUCAUCAAGUACCAAAAAAUUUUGUUUAUCAACCAGAAUGUUCAUGCUGCCAGACUGCUGUUAAAGAACAUCUCAGCACAUCAAAAGUGUCAAAUUGUCUUGGUUCAGAAAACCAUGUGUCAAAGAACUACCUCAACAGAGAGAGUAUAUUUCUAGUGGAUCCUAAUCGGCAAAUUAAAAGCCAGUGUAGAUGUUCCCAUGAAAUCUCUCUCUUCAAGCCCAAACAAACUGAUAUAUAUUCAGGAAACAGACCUGAGAUUUCAAAGAGGAAGGAUCCCAAACUUACCCAGGAGUCUUCAAAGUUUAAUCAUGGUUGGAAGAGACCUGAACAAUGUAAAUGCUGCCAAGAAAAAAAUCAAUACAGUCAUAUGCAGUAAGAAAAAGAUGAUUUAACAAUAAUGAUGUCAGGUUCUGAUGUAAACAUGAGGAAAAAUUUCAAAAACAGUUCUGAAGUGUGAAUUUUAUUUCCCUCACAAACACUGGCACAAACUGACAUCUAUCAACAGGAAAUUCAAAGUCAGGACUAACAGUCCAGUAACUGUCCCACUGUUUUAAACUGUUCCUUAGGUCCGCCCAGCCACCCACGCGCGUGUCCUACCUCCCAUUCUUCCCUAAGCCAAGUCAGACAUUAAGCAGGGAGGCCAGCAGCGUUCCAUUGUCAGCCACACUCAGUGCGCAUGCAUGCAAGCGUCCACUUUUGUUUCAGCCGCUUAGCCACCCAACAGCUGUUCGAUGUUGAUGUCAGCAGUGGCAACAGGUCUGGUGUGGGCUCGGUCUGAUUGGUUUAGCUUCACGGUCAUGUUCUCGGGUCCCAUGUAAAAAGCAAUCCCAGCUUCUCUGUUCCCCGCUGCAAUGGCAGCCCUGGGCCACCAGGCACACCAGGGCUGACAAAUGAAAUAUUAGUAGAUCUUGAUAUGACCUUCAGAGAAAACCCAUUGAAGUACCAUCAAAAAUAGUUAAGAGGUGUAAACAGAUAUAAUUUCACCGAUGAAUAAUAUACAUUCCGCUGCAAAGUAUAAAGGGUCAGAAUAUAAAAGCUUCCUACAGAGAUAUGACCCAUUACACUCAGUUGAACUUAUUUCUAAAUAAAUUAUGCAUCUUAAAAAUGUAUACUAAAUGUAUACUAAAUAGAAAAUGUCUAUGAUAAAUUUCAGAGGGGUAGAUAACAUUGGCCUCUUACAGCAAAAAUAGUAAAAAGUAUCCCGAACUAGCAUAUUAAUAAGAGCUUACCUUUUCAUAGAUUAGAUAUCUCAAAAUCAGGUAUUUUGUGCUGUAAAUCAAGCAGUGGCAAUUCAUUUUAAAGCAGAUUUGGUUAUCAUCAUUACAUAUACAAAUAGUCCUCAC